AUGAGAAAGGCUACCCUUGUGUCUCCCAGUCAGGAGAUGACGACUGCGGAAACUAAUGGGAACACAGUUCAGAAGCAGAACUGCUCGCCUGGCGCGAGUCGUGGACCUUCUUGUUCGUCCUCUGAUAUGCCGUUAGCCAGCGGAGGAACUGGGAAGUUCACCGAACGUCCUCCUCACGAGAUACCUUCCUCGUGGAGUUCCAGUGAAACUUGCAUCUGGUUAGCGUUCUUCUGCAGUUGUAGCACUGCGUACUUUUGUUUUUGCGACGGAGAAAUCUCUGCUCUUCUUACCCUUUCCGCAGCCGUCUUCAUGCUCUCCACAGUUUUUCUUGUGUUCCACGCACGCGUCUGCUACAGCGUAACACAGGCAUUCUGCCAAACGUACUCGGCCUCGGGUGCAGACGGGGCUUCGACAGCAUCCUCACGCACUUCGUUCCACACUGCAUCCAUAGUUCAUCUCUUGUGUGGAGGUUCUGCGUGCCCCAAGAGCGCCGCUGUCUUUGCACUUGCCAUUCUUGCUCGUGUGGCGUGUAACUUGAGCCGUCCUGCCUAUCUGCCUAUCGACCGGUCAGGUGACUGGCUUUACCAGACACUGGAGGUCUUCUCUGCUCUCUUGUUGGUGCUUCUCCUCGGCGUUGUUUCCGUAAGCUGUCGACAGUGUCAGCACAUCACAGAAAGAACCGUCGCUGAAUCUACUCAAGGAAAAGACGGCGAGACGACCAUCCAACUAAACGACCAGAAGGCAACGUUCACAUCGGGGUGCCGAUUUAUCUUCGUGGCAGCCGUCGUGUGUGGCCUUGUUCUCAAGCAUGACUUGAAUGAAAGCUUUCUCGAAGACUUUGCAUGGUCAUUCGCCAUGUACGCUGAGACCCUGGCCUUCAUUCCUUUUCUCCGAAGGCAAUUGUUCGCGGUUCGCACAGCGCGGCAGCCCGCUGCUCAUAAAAAGGAGGACCAAAGGACCGCGCUGACGGAGAACGACGACGCAAUCCUUGUGGAUCAUCGCUACCACAGAAACCCUGUUCUGGCGCGAAGACUGUGGAGGCAGUUCCUGUUCUGCCUUGUAGUUUCCCGCGUGAUCCAAGUCACGUUUUGGGCGGUUACCUUCGAUGAAUUCUCUCCGGAGGGCGACCCGGAGUCUCUUGAAAUGCCGACAGAGAAAUCCGAAUCUCCGGCGCAUACAGAUGGAAGCGUUCCACAGGAACCUGAAUGGAUGGCGAAAGUCGCUAUAGCAUCCCGGAAUAUCCGCGGGUGGUUCAGUCUUGCUGCGGUGGUCGCGCAGCUGUGCUUCUCCCUGUACUGCAUGAGAGUCUACAUUUCCACACAGAGUGACUUGGAGCAGAAGUAUUCUGGAGACCGUAAGGCCGCCGAGGGGAAAGAAACAGAGGACACUGCGGCGCCCUGCACCGAGGCUGGUGCUGGCUCGGCUUCUUUAACGGAAAAAGAAACCGAACAGGAAAAGCCAGAGAAGCCGACGCAGGUUCGCAAACGCUUGGUAUUAUCAAAGCAGUAA